AUGAUGAUGGUGGCAACAGUGGUGGUGAUGGUGGCAGCAGCGACGCCAACAACAACCGUGGUGAUGGUGAUGACAGCCACAGCCACCCCACCAACCGCCGCCGCCGCAGGCUGGAGACACUGCACCCUCGUCCUCCACCUUCGCACUCACCUCCCCCUCUGGUUCCUCCUCGUCCUUCCUAACCGUUUUCGUCAGGGUCAUCUCCGUCAGGGCUGCCAACACCAGCAAUGUGAGAAGCAGUUUCAUUGUCUUAGGUUGAGAUGCUGUAGAAGAGCUGACGACUCAACCACACGCACCACUAGCCUUCCUUUUAUAGCUGGGUGCGGAGGAAGAAUUUAUGGGUUUGUUUGGCACUGCGCUACAGGAAUGCCUUUUGUUACUUGGUAGUAAGCGAACCUGUGAGUAAACAAGGCGAGUGUUGCUGUUGUUGCUGUUGGCUUAGCUGAUUUUGGCGUACGGUAGAUGAUUGGGGUGCUGAGAAUACUCGAUGGCUGACAAUGUGGACGGAUGGUUGGUUUUCGUUGUGGUGCUAACAACUGGUCAUUGCACUAUUUUUGCUUUUCACAUUCCGGCCAUUUUUCUCGCGAUCAAGAGAGACGGGCGUGUACAUUUUAUAGGUUAGUGAUCGCUGUUAAUCAACUUUAACCAAUUUCAGGUUUCGGAAGACCUGUGACUUAAACCCAUGGUCUUUUUAUUUCUACAUACUUACCACUAAUCAGUGGACUCCUUAUUAUAUCGCCUUCCAUCGGGCAUGCAGCUGUAGCAGAUGAAUUCUGAAUCUAAUCCGAAAUCAGAUGGGGACAUAUAUGUCCCGUAACGCAAUCAGUGAGCGCACAUCUACAGAGCAGUCAGCCCCUAACUUGGUUGUAAGGGCAUUAGACUAAUGAUCAUAAGAGUGCGGGUUGGAAUCUCAGUAGGUCCCGGUCCUGGGAUUGACUGAGACUGGCAGACGACAAAGACGGCUAGAACACGGGUUAGGCCUUGCAAUAGAACUUGGGAAGCUUCAUUCAUCUGCAGCAGUCUGUGUACAUAUCCUUGCUAUGCAAAGAUCCCCGCCAAAAAACUCACUGUGAAGGCGAUGAAGAAGAAUUGUGAUGAGUGUGUCAGAUCCUCAUAAUUCCAACGAUAUGUUUCAAUAUUUAACAUAGACUGAAUAGGCUACAAACAAAACGAAUAUUCAAUCCGUGCAGUAGGAAACAGCGAGUGCAGAGAGCUCACACCGGGCUCCAUACCGCCAGAGCUACUGGAGGUAAGUGCUCGAGAACCUGACUCUUCCUCACACGUCGCCGAGCCACACAAAGGCAUUCAGUGACGAAUAGUGAUAGCUUCACUUAGAGACGGCCCCUUGAUAGAUUUCCACAUGGCAGAUUCUCAAAAUUCAGUGAACUGCGGCUCUGCGCAUCAAAAUCUCAGGUGGGUGGUCGACUGUUACGCUAUGAUGUUCUCAUCUUAGUCUUCACCUCCAUAAAAACAUCAGGUUGAUAAGUAUUCAUUUCUUUGGCUCCACGGAUUUGCCCUGUAGCAGAUAAUGUGACAGGGCACAAAUAAGUGCUAACAUCUUUAAUCAGAAGAAUGCAACGGUGGUUUAAACAACAAAACAUAACGUAGAUUGGAAAGCCAUUAUUUAUUGGUAGAAAGAAGUGGUGGAUAGUACGUUAUUACCAGACUCAACCCCAACUCUAGUCCCCGCUAUGAUGGUGGCAACAGUGAUGAUGAUAGCGCCAGCAACAUCGGUAAUAAUGAUGCUGGUGGUGGUCUUGGUGUUGGUGUUGGUGGUGGUGGCGGUGGUGGUGGUGGUGGUGGUGGUGGUGAUGUUGAUGGCAACCCCAGCCACCUCACUAAACGCCGUAUUUUGUAGACUCUACAACCUCGUUUUGUUUUGCACCUACGCUGUCUUUUGAGAAUCUGCCGUAUCUUCAGGCCAACUAAACCUUCAUGGAUGCGAAAUAAUUGGCAUGCAAGUGGUAUGCACGUAAGUAGCCUGGUUGUACUUUUUGAAAAUUUGACCCAAAACAGGGCGAACUGCACUGAUCCCAUGCAUAAACUUCUAAGCAACGGCGUCAGUUGUAGGGGCAUUAGACUACUAACUAUACGAGCGCGGGUUGGAAUCUCAGUAGGUUUCUGUCCUGGGAUUGACUGCGGCUGGUUGACGGUCAAAAAUGGUCCUCGCACUCUCCCUUGAAGGCUGUCGAAACAGUUCCUGUCGGUAUAUGCGACACAAGUCGGCCUCACGACAAACGCACCGUUCACCGGUGAUGGGUCCUCUCCGAAAAGCACACAGAGAACAUCGUCGGCAGCGCCGAGAGCGCUGUCAUCCCAAAUCUGUUUUGUAAAAAGUCUUUCAGGCGACCUACGCCUUCCGUUUCCAAAGACGGCUUAAUCGAAGCUCAUGGGUAGUGUUCAGGGAAAGCCCUUAAGUUGCUACCCGUGACUAGUUUGCCUUAUAGCUAUUAGCUUACAGUGAGUUACCUAACUCAUGAAAUGCAGGCUGAAAUUCUGAAAUGCGUUUUCGAUUAGGAAGGAUAACUUGGUCGCGGUUGUAAUACUGACUAUCUGGCGGCAAACUCUUAUAACAUUUCGGACUUGGCAGGAUGUCGGCUUUUAAAUGCACUUCCUUUCAAUUGCCUGUAGAAAGCGUACUUCGUAAAAAAACGAAUACUUAAGCAGCAUGCAGUUUUCCCAUUGAUUUUCGAUGGUCUUGCAAAUUCAAAGAUAUUUUAUAGGAACCAUUAAUAAAAAUAUGCUUUAUUUUAAUCAAUCAAUAAUGAAUCACGUCUUCUUCAUAUGACAUACUUAAGAAAUGAGUAUAAUUAAGUUUUAAACAAGUUUCUAAUUACGAGACUUUUUAAGACCGCGAUAUGUCCAUUCACAUAGCAUCGCACCUGGCCGUUUGUCACUGCUCCUCAUGAAAUGUACAACAUGGUCCGUAUCCAUUGCAAAAUUUUAUGGACCCUGUAUGAUAUCUCUUUAAUGCCAUAGAAAAAUAUGUGAUUUCCUUUACGCGGAAAGCAUGCACCUUGCAGACUGAAAUUACUAAGCGCUAACGCAACGAAUGAUCAGCCUCCAAAUUAUUUGGCAAUUAGAAAACUUUUUUAAAACCUAAUUAUACUCCUUUCUUAAGUAUAAAAUAUUAAGAAGACGUGAUUCUUUAUUGAUUGAUUAAAAGAAAGCAUAUUUUUAUUUAUGGUUUCUAUAAAAUAUCUUUGAAUUGGCAAGAUCAUCGAAAAUCAAUGGGAAAAAUGCAUGCUACUUAAGUUGUCAUUUUUUACGAAGUACGCUUUCUAAGGGCAAUUGAAAAAGAAGAACAUUUAAAAGCCGACAUCCUUCCAAGUCUGACAUGUUAUAAUAGUAUGCCGCAAGAUAGUCAGUAUCACAUCCGCGACCAAGUAAUCCUUCCUAAUCGAAAACGCAUUUCAGAAUUUCAGCUAACAUUUCAUGAGAUAGGUCACUCACUGUAUAGUCUGAAAUACAACUGCAGGCAUUCAAUUUCAAGUCAACGAGGGACAAAUAGACGCCCCUGCAAGCAUUGCCGUGUCGACUUGCUCCCGCGCUUUCUGCCAUGGGAGCGAUCAAUCACAAAUCACGUUUAGCGGACAUGUGUUACUAUAGCACGUAUGAUGAAGAUAGACGGUGCUUUUCCAUAUACUAAUUAUGACCGUUUGCCCUGUGCUUUAAAAGAAUCCACUCCUGUAUUGCACAUUAAAAGUCAUUCCAUGUAAAUUGCUUUCUCAGUGUGUAUUUCUCCUCAUGCAUUUAAAUGAUGUGGCAUUCAUCUUUGUAAUCUGGACUUAAAAAUGCGAUUCAAGCAAACGUAUUAAAUUCUCCGUCCCAUAGGCUGCUUAUGGCUUUCCAACUGCACUCAUGGGAUAAUGUUGCAUGCUAGUUGGAAUAAGAGCUCGGCUUAAGCAUACAUCAGAAAGUUCAUAUACAUUCAGGUGCUUAAGGGAAUGUUUCGGAUAAUCGACGCCUGACUCGCAAGCUCACGGCGCCUCAUACAAUCAGCAGCGCCAACAAACCCCUUAUUGGUGAUGACGCUGAUGCUGAUUCUGCUGCUAAUGAUGAUUAUGAUGAUGAGGGUGGUGGUGGUGAUGACGAUGAUGAUGAUGAUGAUGAUGAGAGCCGCCAUGUCUGCUGCAAAGUCUGGAUCGACCAAAUCUGA